GUGGCCGCCUUGACGUGGCGGUGAGGCAAGAGCAGCAGACGGUUCUGCGCAGAUUUCGGCGUCGAGUCCAGACAGCCAUGACGGAUCGAACUUCAAAACCCGAAGCAAUCGACGAGUGGCAAGCUUUCUUGGGAAAGCGAGUCCGAAAGCACGCAGACAAAUUGGCACAAUGUUUCCUGAGCGCCGCGGGCACCGGUAAGGGCGCAGCCGCGCAGAUGGCCAUGGCGAAGGCGAUGGAAAUUGGUGCCAACACAGCCGUGGCUCGUCCGACUGGUCUUCCAGCAGCCAGCUACAGAAAGGCAUUCCCGUGCGCGCACGUCGACGCAGUACAUGGCUUCUUUUCUCGCCGCAUGUGCAGGCGGUCCGAUGUCGAGAGAAUCAUGCGAAUAUGGAAAGCAGCAGACUCCAGACCGUCUGGUUUCUUGGGAGAUUUUACCAGCUCCCGGCCAUCGGCGGUUCGACUGCAGGAACGAGCCCGUUAUGGUAGAGAGUUCGUGCCUUCGAACUGGAACACGUUGUCCGCAGUUGAAAGCCAUGUUGAGCUUGCUGCGACACGCGCAGCCGACAGAGGGCCAACUCCAUUGGAUAGCGCAGGGGACGUCGAGCGAGUCCUGGAUGCCCGCUGCAAUGCAACACGGGUGACUUUUGCUCGCCUGGCCGCCGAGGAACUGAAUCGCGUGGCUCUCCAAGUACGCUUCGGACACCAAGAGCCGUUGGACACCGUCCCGACGGACAGAACACAUGCGUCGCGGCGAGUGCGUGAGUUACCGCUGCUCACAGACGGACUU